ACGUCACACACGUGCAUGAUUACCCUCCAUGUGAGCCGAACGACAUUUCACACCGCAGUUCGGACUCGAAGGGCAGCACAGGUUCCGCGCCAGGGGCUGGAAAUAAGACUCGACCGGCAGAACACCGCUAAAAUGACGGCCGUCACCGCCCCGCAAGACAAGUACAAUGCCGUGUGGAUAAUAUUCUUCAUCAUGGGCCUGGGGACUCUUCUACCCUGGAACUUCUUCAUCACCGCUACCAUGUACUUCAUGGAUCGCUUGAAGGAGCCGUCCUUGGCCAAUCAGACGGCCAACGCGACGCAGGGCGUGGACGGGGAGGGGCGGAGCAUCCUGCAGGCCAAGUUCAGCAGCACCAUGACGCUCUGUGCCAUGGUGCCUCUCCUCAUCUUCACCUGCCUCAACUCCUUCAUCCACCAGAGGAUCCCCCAGAAGCUGAGGAUCGUGGGGAGUCUGGUGGUCAUCCUGGGGGUGUUCCUCAUCACCGCCACGCUGGUGAAGGUGGAGAUGGCCCCCCUCCCCUUCUUCACCGUCACCAUGAUCAAGAUCGUCUGCAUCAACUCGUUUGGGGCCAUCCUGCAGGGCAGUCUCUUUGGAUUGGCCGGCCUGCUCCCUGCCUCCUACACCACGCCCAUCAUGAGCGGCCAGGGCCUCGCCGGGACCUUCGCCGCCGUCUCCAUGAUCUGCGCCAUCGCAAGAGUUCUUCCAGUACUAUCUGCAGGCCAAGCCUUCCACUGACGAGGAGAACAAGAUGGACCUUCUGAAGAAAGAGAUCCCUGGGGAGGCGCGGCCGGCGACGUCAGAGGAAGGAGGCAGAGCCGUCGUGUCUGUGAUCGCCAUCUUCAAACAGAUCUGGGUCAUGGCGCUCUCUGUGUGCUGUAUAUUCGCCAUCACCAUCGGAACCUUCCC